AUGGAAAAGCAAUAGUUGCUUAGGUAGUAGAGAAAGCUGUUGGUUUGAUGAGUAUUUCAAGUGAUUUAGAGUAAUUUAAUACAAGUACCAAAAACAGCAUAGAAUGCCGUAGUUAUAAAUCUAUUUUGUAUUGAGGAGAGAUUUGAAUCUAGAUCAUUGGAUUUUGUCUAAAGAGUUUUUAAAUUAUUUCCAGAUAGAGAAUAUUUAGUACUAACUUAACCAUAUACAGUCUAAGAGACUACACUCUUAUAGCAUUUCUUUAAAGUUCCAAGAAACAAUAAUUCCACUUUUGAACAUGUUCUUUACAUCUAUCAUAGAAAUAGUUUAGAUUCUCAUCUGAUUGGAUUGAGGAAAUUAAAUCAAAAUGAAUGGGCUUAAUGUUAGUUUUUGGUAGAAAAUUUACUGGAAAGAAUAAAUUGAAAAAGAUAUUAAAAAUUUAAACGAAAAUGAAACCUUUAUAGUUUAUUGCAAAGAAGAAAUUAUUGGUUUGUAUUGCAUGAAAAAAUAUGGAAAUUUGCAAUAUUUAAAAUCACACGUCUUCAGGAUCACAUCUAAUAAAAGAACAUCCAAAAUAUUUACAUAUACGGUUAUUAGCAAGGAUUUGAAUCGUCUUUUUACGAAUCAUUUUAAGGGAAAUUUGUAGGUUAAUGGAUAAGACAUGUAUAAUGUUGGAAAUACAUGACAGAAUAUUAUUUCCUGAUAUUUUUCAUGAGUUUAAUUUUGUUAGAAGUAGAGCAUUUCCUCAUUUUAAAAAAUAAAAAUGGGAUUGGACUUGGACUUUAGAUUAAGAUUAACGAGAACGAAUGGGAGCAAUUCUAGAUGAUCGUGAUCCUUAUGAUUAAAACCAGGCUCUAUUUUCAUUAGCAAUGUUAACAAAAAAACAGUUGUCAAGUGUAAAAGUAUCGAACAAUUUAAGGAUUGUAGUUGUUGGAGCAUCAGAUACAGGAUUAUCUUUUAUUGAAUCUUUAUUAACUAUAAAAGAUAUCAAUUUUACCAAUAUAAUUUUAUUAGCUCCUGGAGGAUUAUUAACAAUGCAGAUAAAACAUGAAUUCGAAAGGUUAAAAGCAAUGA